AUGGCAGCAGUUCGGCAAACGAGUAAGUUAGGCCGUCUAUAUCCACAAACACUCAGAUACACCCUACGAUAAUUGUAACGAUUGCCUAAUUCUCUCUGUGCUCUCUCCUUUUCUCUCUCAGGACCCAAGAAAUCGGUGCAAAGCAGGAUAUGGAAGUUGAUCAAGAGAGCAAUAUCGAACAAAAAGCCCAUUCAGAGGCAGAUGAUAUGGAAGAAUACGAGAGUGAAGAUGACCUCGAAAUUAUUCUGGAACCGGAAACCAACAUUGAAUCAUCACAAGGAGGAGCAGAACCUUCAAGUGCUCAAGACGAAAAAUCUGGAGCAUCACUCGUUAGCAUAAAGCCUGGUCAGCAAUCACGACUAGCAGCUACCCCAGCAUCUUCAUCAUCGCCUCAAGUCAAUGCGAGCGGUCACGGAGUUUCAGGACAGCAGGGCGGAAAGGGCAGCAGUGCAGUCAGUGGGGUCAACUUGGAGCAAGUUGGUGAAUAUAAUGGCCAACCCAUCACUGAAGUGGAUCUAGACUCUUUUGAAGAUAGACCCUGGAGGAAGCCUGGUGCUGAUAUUACCGAUUAUUUCAAUUACGGCUUCAACGAAGUAACCUGGAAGGCAUAUUGUGCCCAACAGAAAAUGUUUAGAGAAAAUAAAAAGAUGAUGGGUGAUAUGGACAUGAGCGAAUUUAUGCCAAUGGGUAUGAUGAUGCCUCCAGGUGCCAUGGUUGACGGCGGCAUGUCCUUGGGUAUGCCUGGUAUGCCGAAUCCGAUGUUGGGUAUGCCUCCUAUGGGUGUUCCUCCUCCUGGCAUGAGCUCACCAGCACAGAGUGGUUCAAGUCCAGCCGUCAUGCGUGGUGUUGGCAACAGAGGUCCAGUGAAUAUUGGCGGACGUGGUGGUCGAUUAGGACGACCAUCGAACAGACAAGACGGGAAUAAUGAUAAGGAUGGUGGAGACAACAAUAUGAUGAACAACCCAUAUUUUUGGCCACAAAUGCAACCACCUUUCUUCCCGUAAUCGUUUCUAAACCCAUCCUCCCAUUCAACGAUUUCAUAUGUACUCUCUUGUCAAUAACACAUUUUCUUUUCGUUAUAACUCGCAUCUAUCCUCUGCAAUUGGACCCAUUAUUCCUCUUUUCAUUCUAAUCGUACAUGCUGUUUUUUUAAUAUUAAAAAUGCCAAAAUAAUUG